UCAGGGACCUGUUUUUGCAAACAUGAACAGCACGUUUAACCUUGGGAUCUUGAUCCUCGUGGUCAUCAUUAUUUUGAUCAUCAUCCUGGGAAACCUGCUGGUCAUCAUCGCAAUAGCACGGACUUCCCAGCUGCAGACUGUAACCAACAUCUUCAUCAUGUCAUUGGCAAGCGCAGAUCUUAUUAUGGGGGUCAUGGUGGUGCCGCUCGGCGCCACCAUUGUUGUAACAGGUGAUUGGAAGCUCGAUAAGACUUGGUGCAAUAUCUGGACAUCCGUGGACAUUCUUUGCGUGACAGCGAGCAUUGAGACGCUUUGUGCAAUCGCAGUGGACCGGUACAUAGCCAUCACGAAGCCUCUGCGGCACAAGGUGCUGCUAAACAAGUGGAGGGUUCGAAUGAUCGUCUGUGUAGUGUGGAUCGUGUCCGCUCUCACGUCUUUUCCCCCGAUUAUGACCAAUAUGUGGCAGGCCAAUGAUACAAAAGCACGGGAGUGCUACAAUAACGCUAGUUGCUGUGAUUUUGUGGCCACCAAGUCCUUUGCGAUUGGGUCUUCGGUAAUAUCAUUCUACAUUCCUCUAUUCAUCAUGAUCUUCGUCUACACCAAGGUGUUUGUAAUCGCUACCAAGCAGGUUCAACUCAUAGACAAGAAUCGGCAGCGGUUUCAGAACGAGAGUCUCGCCAGUCACGGCAAUAACAACCUCCCAUCAACAAUUAGCAUUGGCGUAACUUCAAAUGGUAAACGAAAAAACUCACGCAGACGGCCUUCCAAAUUAAGUGUAGUAAAGGAGCACAAGGCCUUAAAGACCCUGGGGAUCAUCAUGGGCUGCUUUACACUCUGCUGGCUGCCCUUCUUCGUAGCCAACAUCAUCAGCGCCAUCAAUCGGGACCUGGUAAAACAGUGGGUUUUCCGCUCACUGAACUGGCUCGGCUACAUCAAUUCUGGCCUGAACCCCAUCAUUUACUGCAGGAGCCAGGAAUUUCGCACAGCCUUCAAGAGCCUUCUAGGCUGCCCCUGGUUGCAGCUUCCAAGCUUGAACUCCCUUUAUAAGGAACUUAGGACAUGGUGUCCCUGCUUUCAUGGCUCGACAAAUGCAAGCGCAUCUGGACCAUUCCAGAAGCAGGCAAGCUCACAGGGGACGAGGCCGGAGCCGGUGCCACAGGAGGACGGUGAGGAAAGUCUGGGAAGCAGUCAUUCAAAUGGCAGCAUGCAAUAUCCACAACAUUCAAAUGGCAGCACACACUUCAGCUACUUCUCAGAAACGGAGACUGAAUUUUUGUCAGCUCCAAUCUACUCCAUCCAUUAGCAGAAAGAGAGCACCAUGGGAUGGCUGAUGAUCUGUAAGGCUGUACAUACAAGUUCCACCUUACACGAGCUGGAAUAUUAAGAACUGCGGAACCACAGCCUGGCUGGACGGCAGACGUUAAGACGGACCGACGGAAACAGACAGAGAAAGAGAAACUCAUUUCAGCCAAGAAUGGAUAUUGUUUCCAGCCCAGCGGAGAGCAGAGCCACAAAGGGAAGCUCAUGAAAUGACUGUGAUGAAAUACACAAACAAGAUAAAGCAAAUGGGAAAGGCUAAUCCCACUGUAGCACGCACAGAGAGAGGACUCGCACAAACACACAAGAGCAGAUGGACAGAGGAGACCGGGUCCUAGUCCUACACCCAUGAUCUUUUGAGAAUGAAAAAAAAACGGACCUAACUUUCAGUGAAAGUUAAAUCUGUGGAAGUGGAUAAACAAAUAAAUAGUGAAAUUUCUCAAACGUUGACCCCGUCUCUGCACUGAAAAUCUGCAAAACCGUGUAUGACAAGCAAGGACUUGAAACAAAUUGCGCACACACAUACCUAAAAGACUUUUUUUUAAAGCACAAUGGAUGUACUCUUUUACUUUACAAGAAAAUAUAGGCUGAAACCAAAUUUUGUACCUAUGUUAAAUUAUUUUCUAUUUAUUAUUAUUCUUCGCCAGUUUUACCUGUGAAUGUGCAACAAGCUUAUGGUUUUCACAUCGUACAGCUUCACGUCUGUAUAGCUCUAUAAUGCUAUGGUAGCUGAUGUGUUUUGUUUUAUGUAAAGUCCUUUGCGAACUGACAAAACCAUUUCUUUGUCUUUUGUGCACAAAAAUUACA